CCUUUCCCACCGGCGUUCAGUCGUGAAGCGGAUUGAACGAGCGGCGCUUGCUCUCUGUGGCGCAGGCAGGAGUCUGCGGGCAGGGACGUGACGGCUGCGGCACUCAACUGAAAAGCAACGUCUAAAACGCACACCGGCAGCGGCUCCGGAGAAGAGGAAACCCUGAGCGGGAAGAACCGAGGGGAGUUUACCGCGGUUACGGAGCGGAGGGAGACUCGGGAGGCACGUCAGGAGGCGGCGGUGGAGAAGGAGGAGGAGGAGGAGAAGAAGAAGAAGAAGUGGAGGGGGGGACGGACGCUCGCCAACGAAUCCGACCGACAUCGCACGCAGAAAUGGCGGAGCACCACGCAGCCAGCGACGGCAAGCACAAAGCGUCCGGCAAUUCCGGGAGCUCGGCGCACGGGAACAGCCGACCGGGCGCCGGCGGUGGAGGAGGAGCCGGGGCCAAAGGAGGCCUCUCCGGCGGGCUGACACAGCCGGCCGGGUGGCAGUCUCUACUCUCGUUCAGCAUUCUUUUUCUGGCCUGCCUGGCAGGAUUCAGCUCCAGACUUUUCGCCGUGAUCCGGUUCGAGAGCAUCAUCCACGAGUUUGACCCAUGGUUUAACUACAGAUCAACACACCAUCUCACCACCAAUGGCUUCUACGAGUUCCUCAACUGGUUUGACGAAAGGGCCUGGUACCCCCUGGGCAGGAUUGUUGGUGGAACAGUAUACCCCGGGCUAAUGGUGACUGCCGGCCUUAUCCACUACGUGCUCAACCUGCUCCACAUCACCGUGCACAUCCGGGACGUGUGCGUGUUCCUGGCACCGGUGUUCAGCGGCCUGACGGCCAUCUCCACCUUCCUGCUGACGCGGGAGCUGUGGAACCAGGGCGCAGGGCUGCUGGCGGCCUGUUUCAUCGCCAUCGUCCCGGGCUACAUCUCCCGCUCUGUGGCGGGCUCCUUCGACAACGAGGGGAUCGCCAUCUUCGCACUGCAGUUCACCUACUACCUCUGGGUGAAAUCUGUGAAGACGGGCUCGGUUUUCUGGACUAUUGGAUGUUGCCUUUCCUACUUUUACAUGGUGUCGGCAUGGGGGGGUUAUGUUUUCAUCAUCAACCUGAUCCCUCUGCAUGUGUUUGUCCUCCUGUUGAUGCAGCGCUACAGCAGAAGAGUCUACAUCGCGUACAGCACCUUUUACAUAGUGGGGCUCAUAUUGUCCAUGCAAGUCCCUUUUGUCGGCUUCCAGCCAAUCAGGACCAGCGAGCACAUGGCUGCUGCAGGUGUGUUUGCGCUCCUCCAAGCCUACGCCUUCCUACAGUACCUGAAGGACAGACUCACCCGACAGGAGUUUCAGACGCUCUUCUUCCUCGGGAUCUCUCUAGCUGCCUGCAUCGUCUUCCUCACAGUCAUCUAUCUCACGUACACAGGUUACAUCGCUCCAUGGAGCGGUCGCUUCUACUCGCUCUGGGACACCGGUUACGCCAAGAUCCACAUCCCCAUCAUCGCGUCGGUGUCGGAGCACCAGCCGACCACGUGGGUGUCCUUCUUCUUUGAUCUCCACAUCCUGGUCUGCACCUUCCCAGCAGGCCUUUGGUUUUGCAUCAAGAACAUCAAUGAUGAACGCGUGUUUGUGGCGCUGUACGCCAUCAGCGCCGUGUACUUUGCCGGCGUGAUGGUGCGGCUCAUGUUGACGCUGACUCCCGUCGUGUGCAUGCUGUCUGCCGUGGCGUUCUCCAGCGUCUUCGAGCAUUACAUGGGAGACGACACGAAGCGGGAGAAGCCUCCCGCCGAAGACAGCAGCGACGAGGACGACAAGAGGAAUUCUGGGAAUCUUUACGACAAGGC